GGAAAUGUGCCCCAUUGUUAUUAUUCCCCGCCGCCCUCAAGAAGAGCUAGCUAACAUAUUCAUUCUUAAUUUUCACAAACGCACAUGACACUGUUUUUGGCUGUUGUGAAGGUGUGUUAAAGAUGGAUGCACUAGAUCACAUGUUAACAGACCCACUGGAGUCUGGAAUGGACCGUGAUGGACGUGUGAUGGAGGAGUGCAUGUUGGGAAACUGCAGAGUUCGGGUUCCUGAGGACCUACUAGAGGAUCCAGAGAUUUUUUUCUCUGUGAUGAGCGAGAGCACAUGGACAGAUGUUCUGACAGAUGCUCAACGGACACAUCUUCGUCAGCUCCUACCACAGUUCUCUGAGAACAACAUCUCUGAGCAGGACAACAUCAUUGGCGACCUUUUCAACGACCAGAAUUUCUUAUUUGGCAAUCCCUUGCACAUUGCCCAGAAACUUUUUAGAGAUGGUUACUUCAAUCCAGAAGUGGUGAAGUACAGGCAACUUUGUGCCAAGUCUCAGAAGAAAAGACAAAUAUUCUCCCUUCAGCAGUACUACCAUAAAUUACUCAAGCAGAUCCUGGUCUCCAGAAAGGAGUUGCUGGAUUUGGCAGUUCGCAGUGGACCCGAGCUGGCCGUAAAACGGCGUUAUCCUGCCCCCUCUCACAAGGAGGUGCUAGAACAGAGAGUCAGAUGUCGAGUGGGUCACAUACUGAAGGAUGUGAAAACCGAGUGUGUGGACAGUAAUGUGUCAUCGGAUGAAGAUGAUACCGCCUCUUGGUUACCUGUUCCUCAGUCGCCCUCCUCCCCAACACCAACUGUCUCCCUCAGGGUCCUGCCCAGCCUUUCUACUCAGGACAUGAAGACUAGAGACAAGCCUGAGCUGGGUGAGAAGGACCUCACAGCCAUGUUACAUAGGCACAGAGAGAAGAGAAAACGACAACCAGAUCACCCUGACCUCAUUACCUCCGACCUUCAUCUUGGUGACGUCAUGUCACGUGUGAACAUUGGCAGAAAAGGAUCCAUUACGAAUGUCUUUGACCUGGUGCUGCCUAAGAAGAAGAUAAAGGAGGAGAAGAGAAAGAAAAAGAUGCGUCCCAUUAAAAUUGAAUCUGAGGAGGUGUGUGACGUUCUGAUGUCAGCAGUUUCAGUGAAUCCGGCUCUCGCUGACACCCCCGCUGCUCUGGCACAAAGCAUUAAAGAAGAGCCCAUGGAUGAGUCCCAGAACAGCCCUGAAUUGGUGGAGGAAAUCGCCAUCAGUUUUUUUCAUUUGCUAAAGGAUGUUCUGAGAUUAGAAGGGCUGGCAACAUCCUCCAUGGUGGAGGAGAAAGUGCAACAGUGGCAAUCAUCUCCAGCAAGCACACUAAACCCUUGGUACUCUAUGGCCCCCUGCUGGUCAGAGUCGGUGGUGCCUGCUCUACAGUUUCUUGCUGGAGAGAGCAAAUCUGGUGUGAUGGCUCUGCCCACUGGCUUCAUACCUUUAGUGGAGUUUAAGGAACUAACACAGCAGUGGAAAUGGAUAGGCCUAAAUCCAGAUGGAGACAAAGACCUGAGUGCCCUUUGCCAGUUAUGGUUGGAGUCAAAGGAUCAUGUGGUUGUCGUAAAGCAAGAAGGAGAAGAAACCGCAGAGCUUACUCCACCAACACCAAGAGUGUGGACAGAUUACGUGGUGAGACCUAGUACGGGAGAGGAAAGGCAUGUUUUUCAAGAGCAGGAGCAGCAGCGUUAUGAUCAGCCACACAAAGCCUUCACUUACCGAAUGCACGGCUUUGAGUCUGUGGUGGGACCAGUCAAGGGAGUUUUUGAUAAGGAGACAUCGCUCAAUAAAGCUCGAGAGCAUUCCUUACUGCGCUCGGAUCGACCCGCCUAUGUCACCAUACUGUCUCUUGUAAGGGAUGCUGCUGCCAGGCUGCCCAACGGAGAGGGUACCAGAGCUGAGAUUUGUGAGUUACUCAAAGACUCCCAGUUCCUGGCCCCUGAUGUCACCAGUGCACAGGUCAACACUGUGGUGAGCGGUGCCCUUGACCGCCUCCACUACGAGAAAGACCCGUGUGUGAAAUACGACAUCGGCCGCAAGCUCUGGAUCUACCUCCACAGAGACCGGAGCCAGGAGGAGUUUGAGAGAAUACACCAGGCUCAAGCCGCAGCUGCCAAAGCCAAGAAAGCUCUCCAGCAAAAGCCAAAACCAGCCCCCAAGCCUAAGGCUGGCGGGAAAGAGCCAGGGAGUAAAAAUGGUGCUGUCGAGGCUGCUCAGGGCUCAGGUACCGAAGGAGUCGCCGUUAACCCCGCCAGCUUACCUCAACCUCCCUCCACCCCCACACCAAGCACCCCCGGAACCCCAAAAUCACUCCUCCCGCACGCAGCAGCUACGCCAACAAAAGUCAGUGCUCCAGAUCCCACCAAAACCAGCCCCAGUGUCUUGUUGGUAUCGCCUCCUCCCAUGCCCCAGUUAGGAUCGCUGCUAUCUGCCAGUAAGCCACAGGUUUCCCAGCAUGCCCCAGCACAGCCUGCGACUCGGGUGGUGGCACACUCGGCUGCCGCCGGCUCUCUGCCUCAGGUGCGAGUGGUCACUGCACAGCCUGGCAUUUCAACCUCCUCUGCGGCCCAGCCAGCAACAUUAGUGCACCAGAGCCCCCAUCACAUCAGGGUGCCAGUCUCUGUAGCCCAUGGCAAGAGCAUCACACAGGCAGUGGUGACUGUACCACUAAGAGGUCAGUCUACAGGAAGCCCCAUUCAGGUUCAGGCUUCACGUGCUCAGGCCAGUCUUACUGUCCCAGGUCUUGCCUCUGCUGUCAUGGUGACCAAACCUCAAACCAGCUCGCCCGUCAGUCCCGCCCAUAACCCAGCGUCACCCGCUGUACUGCAGGGAGUAAGCAGCCAGAAUAUUAUCAAGCAGGUUGCAAUCACGGGACAGUUAGGUUUAAAGACCCAAAGUGGGACAGGAAUCCCUCUCACCGCCACUAACUUGCGCAUUCAGGGAAAGGAUGUGCUCCGUCUGCCCCCGUCUUCGAUCACCACCGAUGCCAAAGGUCAGACGGUGCUGCGCAUCACUCCAGACAUGAUGGCCACCCUCACUAAAUCCCCAAUGGCCACCGUCAAACUCACCCCAGACAUGCUGAGCACUGCCACUGGAGCGGGCAGCAAGAGCAUCUCUGCCACUCUACAUGUGUCUCCGUCCCAGGUCUCGCUCCCGGCCCACAAGGCCGCUCCAUCUGCAACCGCUGAGACCCUGGCCGCCAAAUCGUGUGCCUCUCUAGGCACCACGGGCACGGCUACCCUCGUAAAGGUUCACCAGGAACUAAAGGCAACCUGUGACACGGCCAUCCGCCUCAUGCCUGCCCUAGCAGUCACUAUGCCUGACCCCAAAACCCGCACUUUCUCGACAGUCACCUCCUCUGACUCGAAAGCCGGCACUACUAUCAGAAUAGUGCCAAACUUGGGAGUGAUCCCUCAGAAACAGGGUCAGACUGUCUCAAUUAGCACAACCACCACAGGUGCAAAGCCCAUCACGGUGUCAUCGGGAGCGGCUACUGUUACCAUAGCCACCAGUGGAGUGGGAGGAGCCAAAGGUGUUACGCUCAGCUCCGCAGCCACGGGCUCUCCGCUAUCUCUGGGUGCUGCCGCCGCGGUCAGACAGGUGCCAGUCACUGCCACUGUAGUCACUACACAAGCUGGGAAGCUUCCCACGAGGAUCACAGUGCCUCUCUCUGUCCUCAGCCAACCUUUGAAAAACAAGAGUAUGGUCUCUACCCCCAUACUAAAAGGCAACAUCAGCACCAACAUCAGUAAUCUGGGCAGAAACAUCAUCCUGACCACCAUGCCGGCGGGUACCAAGAUAAUUGCUGGUAACAAGCCUGUCAGCUUUGUGACUGCUCAGCAACUGCAACAGCUGCAGCAGCAGGGACAAGCCACACAGGUUCGAAUUCAGACGGUACCAGCACAGCAGCUCCAGCGCACAGCCAGCUCGCCGAAGUCCACGGUGUCUACGGUGGUGUUCUCCACCGCUCCCUCGCCGAAGACAAAUCCAGAUCCUCAGUAAACAACUAUAAUUGUAG